AUUCUUCUCGAUCUAAACCCAUAGUACUCGCACUUGAUUGAUACUAGAUCCCCUUCCCAAGGUCAAGGAAAAUUCAGAAAAAUGCCCACAGUUCUCACACCACAAGGUUGGGUCAAAGUCGCACCAACACCACGAAAGAAGACCGUGACCAUCGAUCCUGCUGUUGCUCUGAAAGGCCCAUUAGCGUACUUCAGUUGCCAACCGCUCCCAUCCACCAGGAAAGAGCCCGUCAAUCGACCGCAAUACCCCUACGACCUGUCCGCAUCCCCUGAGAAAUUGCAACGCCAGUCGGCCACGAAAGCGAAUGUAGCCGGGAAGAAUAGGACGAUCUCGGCUCCGCAAAUUAUCGCUCACGAGAGAGAAUAUCACGACGAUGAAUAUGAGGAGCGCCAAUCCCAGUUCUCGCAUUCAAGCAGGAGCGCUUCACCACCACCUCCGGCGCAUACGAAAUCACACAAAAGCCCGCGCUCACGGAAACCAAGACACGAUGAGGAUAGUACGAGUUCGAGUUCAGGGUCGACAAGGUCUUAUCCAAGACAUAGACCUGUACAAGCUGCGGCUCGGCCUACAACGAUGAAUCACCACCCUUCCAUGCCCCCAGGAGGAUACUAUGGACACAAUGGUUAUCAUUCAGCUCCUGGGCUGGGGAUGUAUGAUAGGCAGCCACCGCCGAGCAAUGCGAGAAGUAUGUCGUAUAGUUGGUACAAUGCUACGACGCCUUUGAAUAUGUGAUUGUUUGUUGGGCGAUAUGGGCCUUUUUUGGGUAGCAAUUUGAGGAUACCAUCGUCCUUACGUCAAUGUAUUAUGAACUCGAGCUGGAUGGCGGAGCAAGGCUUAAUAUCCUCAUAUUGCUUGAAGCCGUUACUGUUGGCCAAUCUACUUAGCACAUUUGGAAAGAGC